AUGGUUGCCGCUCAUUUCCUGAUACUCUAUAUGGCCGCUGCCGUUGCAGUAGCUGGACCUUGCAAACUUCAAAGCUCCUCUGUCAUUUUCUCUGAAACAACUCUAUCUACCUCACUCCUUGAGACGACUUCCACCGAAGUACCCAUCGAAACCCCGACGGUGGAACCAACAAGCACUGCUGUCGUUCAAACAUCGGUAACCUCUGCUGCCGAAACUACAGCGGUCACUGCCGUGACAACCCUCAGCUCGGUAGAAACCACCACUGAGGCAGCCUCAACAACCUUAGAGACCGCAGCACCUCCGCAGGGCAUUUCUUGCCUUGCUUCAGACGGCGAGUGCUUCGGUGCCAUCAAAAUCGAAUGCGGUUAUAUCAUCACAGGAGGCUUCAGCUUACCUUUCCUAUCGACUCUCGACGCCUGUGUUGGUGCGUGCAACGACAACUCGGGUUGCGCCGGCUUUUCUCAUAAUGGUGUUAAUUGCUACUUGGUCUCAACCUAUGACUAUGCUACUGCACCUUCGAUUGGAUGGGUGGCUGCAAAUUCUUGA